CUAUUCUUUGAGAAAAAGUUAUCAAGUAAACGUAAUUGCUUCUAUGACAACAGACGCCAUUAUUGCAAUGAUUAUUGUUUCUCUUAACAUUGUGGUUUUGUACAUAAUUUGUAAGUAUCCGAGUCUUCAUACUCCGUCAAAUUAUAUAAUAUUGCAAACAGCAGCUUUUGAUAUUUUGGUUGGAGUUUGCAGCAUUCCCAUACGUAUGGUAUAUUUAUAUUUUAUUUUGCGCAAAAAUGUGACUUGUUUUUUGUUUGGCGUAAUGGUGACUAUUAACCAUUCCCUUGGAAUGAUAUCAUUCAUAAUGGUGUUUGUCAUAACAAUUGAUAGAUGUGUUGCAAUAUUUUAUCCAUUUUACUAUCAUCGAGCGGUUAUACCAAAAAAGAAGCGAUGUUUUAGUAUUUCGGCUACCGUGUUUAUCUUCGUUAUAGUUAUGAACAGUUGUUUUAUUGCAAUCAGUAAGUUACAGUUUUUAAUUUAUUUUGAAAUCUGCUUAAUGAUUAUAUGUUUGAAAGGAAGUUUCUUUGCUUAUGCAAAAAUUAAAUAUCUGACGAUAACUAUUACGCAAAAAUACCAAUCUAAUAGCAUUUUAUCAAUUAAUUCGAUACGCAGUGAAUGCAAAUCAAAGCGAGAAAAGAGAGGAAAUUUAAUUGCAUUUUUUAGUCUCUUUUUAUUGAUUUUAUGUUACCUUCCAUUUAUGAUUGUUUUCAUUAUACCAAUCAUAUAUACUGAUCAUGAUGAGAAUCUUUUGAACAUUUUUAAAGAUUGGAGUUUUACAAUAUCGAGCUCAAAAUCAAUGGUAAACCCAUUGAUAUAUUGUUUUUCAAUACCCACUAUCAGAAAACGCAUUUUUAAGAAAUCGGCAAUACAAAGAACUCUAUCUACAAAAGAAAAAACUUCAAUGGCAGUUAUCUUUAAAGAGAAAGAAAAAAUACCAAAGGUUAGUAACCAUCAAGAAAAUAGUUCAUAAGAUUUUAAUUGUUUUAAAUAUUUAACCAACCAAAUAAAUAAUCUCAACUAUAAGGUUGCAAAAAGUAAAAGAGUUAACGAGUUAAAUAACGGAACAAAACGUAUUUUGGCGAACCAAUUAAAAUCAAAUAUUUAUCCUUGUUUUACAACUAUGUGUUGCAAAUAAUUUUAAUUUUAAUUGUUGCAAUAAAACUUUGUAUUGCAACAAAGUUUUUCCAACUAAUGCGCAAGUUGUAUAAAUCAGUUAAUAUUGCUUAUAAAAUAUUGAAGACUCUGUGUUGUAGAUAAUGGCUUCAUACGAUGUUGAAAACAGGCGGAGUAGUUAUAAAUAACUGAUUUUUACAAAGCAGAUAUGAAAAAAUUGAUGGAAAACAUUCUAUUUUUUAUUUUAAGUUAAUUUUAAACAUAUAUCAAUGAAGAAAAAAAUACUUUCGAGAAGAAAA